AUGAAAUUCUCAACUGCCGCCUUGACCACCGUGGCGCCCGUGGCCAUGGCUCGACGAGGCGCCAAUGUCUUCCCGCCCGUGGCAGGAAUCUUCAGUCGAAAUGUCAUCAAGUCCGAAGCUGGCGAUCAUGGAGUCAGCCCCGCCAAGGGCGUCAAUAGAAAAGCAGUCUCUGCCAAUCCCGGCGACGUGAUUGUCAUUUGGGUCAACCCGGGCGGCAUCGGCGCGGACACGACUACCGUCAACGACAAAAUCACUGUCACCGCCACGGUUACCGCUCCUGCUGGCGGCCAAGCAUCCAAUGCACUUCAAGGAAAUGCGCUUCAAGGAGGUGCUUCCACGUCUGCCCUUGCCGCUGGAACCACUCAUACUGUCACGGUUGGCGGCGACGCGCUGAAGUUUACGCCGGAGCAACUGCAGAACGUUGCUACUGGUGAUAUGAUUCUUUUCAAGUUCCUCUCCAAGAAUCACACUGUGACUCAGUCGACUUUUGCAAAGCCAUGCGUGGCCAAACCCGGUGGUUCAGACUCUGGCUUCCAACCCAAUCCUAACAAUACCAAAUCACCACCGCCUCAGCAAAUGUGGCAGGUCAAUACGACCGACCCUCAGUGGUUCUACUGCAAGCAAAAAACUCCAAAGAGCCACUGCGGCGAGGGCAUGGUAUUUUCUGUCAACCCUACUGCUGACAAGACGCAUGCCAUGUUCCAAGCAAUGGCUGUCGCCCAGAACGGCACCGGUUCAGCUACUCCCAUCACCGGCGGACAGCAAGGCGUUGCUCCUCCUCGCGGGGGCAAUGCUACUGCAGGCGCUGGCCGCGGCCCUGGCGCUACUCCUGGCCAGGGAACUGUCAAUGGUGAUGGAUCUUGCCAGUGUAUUGCUUCUUGCAGCGCUGGGGCAUUCCCUGCUCCCGCUGUCCAAGGCGUUGGCGCAUUUGGCGGAAUGCCUGGUGCACUUCCCAUCAACAUGGGCACCAGGAAAUGA